AUGAGGUUUAAUGAUAAGGAAAUUUCUAAAAUGUCUGAAAGCAAAGCAGAUUUGGAAGGUGUUUUAAAUCAUAUGAAGCCCCAAGGAAACGAAUGGUAUCAACAACCUAUAUUUAAGGAAAGAUUAUUCAAGCUCAAAGGGAACAUGCUUUUUUAUCAUAGGAUCAAUGAGCAAGAACCUCUAGGUUUAUUGGUUUUAGAAAAUGCUCAUGUUGCGUAUGAAAGACCUCAUAAGGGUAUUUUUGCCUUUUCCUUGUCUUUCAAAGUUAACGAUAAAUUCAGAGACAAUGAAGCUAAGCACAUAUUCUCGUGCCGUACUGAUGAUGAUGUGAACAAAUGGGUAUCAGCAUUGAAAAUAGCAUCCUAUGAAUAUUGGCGUUCUCAAAGUAUUAUAUUAAGAACAAAAUUGGCAAUGAAGACUGGUAAGGAUCCCAUUCUGGAAUAUUUAAGAAAUAAAGAGGCUUCAGCAAAUAUCAGUCAUAAGGUUGAAGCUCGAGUUGAAGUCAAGAAAACCAAAACGAAAGAAAUCAAAUCAACAUUUCAUAGUCACCUAGAGACAGAAACAUUUCACGAAAGUUCUGCAACAUCUUGUUCUUCUAGAGAAAUAAUAUCAAAUAAUACAAAUCAAACAAAUGGUACACCAGUAGUGGAAAAUUUCAUUUUAUUUUAG